GGCGGAAUUUGAACUCAGAACGCAGUGGCAGACGAAAUACUGCUAAGCAUUUCGCCCGGCGUGCUAACGAUUCUUUUCUACUCUCGGUACAAGGCCCGAAAUCUUUGGGGAGGAGGCCAGUCGAGUAGAUCGUCCCCAUUACGCAACUGGUACUUAACUUAUUGACCCCCGAAGGGAUGAAAGGCAAAGUCGACCUCGGCGGAAUUUGAACCCAGAACGUAAAGACAGACGAAAUAACGCUAAGCAUUUCGCCCGACGUGCUAACGUCUCUGCCAGCUCGCCGCCCUAUAGUUAAGAUUAUUGAUGAGCCCAAAGAUUGCGCAGGACUUAUUGCUGAAUGCUACGACGGCAUUUAUUUAUUUAUUAUUGUUAUUAUUAUUUUACUUUGGAAACAGUCUCCCCGAGGGCGGUUUUAACAGAGUUAUAAAUCCUCAGGUAGAGCAAUGCUUAGCGCUCCCACUUCCUACGUACACAACAACGACAUUAAUAGAUUAGCAUUGGACCCCCUAGAUUUGUGUGUCCAUUCUUAAAGACAGCACAAGUCUCCUCCAAGGCUAUGGUAAAAAAAAAAAAAUUACUAAAAAUGUCACGGGCUGGGAUUGAACCGGAGACCGCGUGAUUGCGAAGUCAACUUCUUAACCAGUAGCGGGAUCUUAUGAAAUAUUGCCCAUUCUCGACGAACUUUCUUAAAAUAUAAUUUGACAAAUAUAAUGUAUAUCACGGAGUGCAUCGUAAGAGAAUCUCAGAAACUUAUUGGAGUCAGGCCUAAAAAUAAGUAAAAAGCAAAUUAUAGCAUUAUGCGCACCAUACAAGAAAUUAUAAGAUGCCCAAGUACUGCAGGCGACCCAUGCUUAAUCUUACCAUAUGUAAAUAGUCAGUCAAGCGACCUGUCCAAUCACAGGCCUGCAGUUAUAUAACCCGCUGAGCCAUUCAUUUAAUUUCGUUUUGGAAUACAAAUCGCCCGGUUGUAUCGUAUUAGAGAUUUCCAGUUCUGACAGUGCAGCAUUUAGCUAAGCAAUUUCAAGCUGAAAAGAAACAAUGUCAAAUGGUUUGAAGAAACUCUUUCGCUUGAAAACUUUAAGAAAAGACGACUUAGAGAGAUCUAACCUUGCUCGUGUGUUGAAUGUAGCUGAUUUGAUUUUUCUGAGUCUUGGUUGCACAGUGGGAGCUGGGGCCUACAUCUUAACUGGAAAAAUCGCCUUCAGUGUGGCCGGUCCUUCGAUUGUUCUAUCUUUCCUCGUCGCUGCUCUUUCUUCACUACUUGCAGCUUGUUGUUAUGCGGAAUUUGGAGGAAGAAUCCCCCGUGCAGGCUCUGCCUAUACUUACACCUACAUAACUCUUGGAGAAUUGCUGGCCUUCAUUGUUGGAUGGAGUCUCAUAUUGGAAUAUGCUAUUGGUAAGCUGACUAUUUCUAAAGGAUUUCAAGAUGGUGUCGCCAGUAAUGUGAAAGCUUUAACCACCAAUUUCGAUAGUAUGAUUAGCGGAAAUAUCUCAGCAUAUUUAAAAUCUGUCCUACCGAUGAAGUCCUACAUUUUUGGAACUUACCCUGACUUUCUAGCAUUUUCCAUCGUAAUGCUUUUAACAUCCAUUUUGAUCUUUGGGGUGAAGGAAUCUGCCAUUGUGAACAACGUAGCCACUGGAAUCAAUUUAUACGUUCUCUGCUUCAUCAUCAUCUGUGGAUUCUUUAAAGCGGAUCUCAAGAACUGGACUAUCAAAAACGAGAUUGCUUCUGCCGGAAAAGGUGGGUUUUUCCCUUACGGUGUGUCUGGAAUGUUCCAAGGAGCAGCCACUUGUUUUUACGCGUUUGUUGGGUUUGACACAAUUGCCACUACAGGCGAGGAGGCACAAAAUCCACAAACUACAAUACCACUGAGUAUUCUAGUUUCACUGCUGAUAAUCACAUUGUUGUAUGUAGGGGUUUCUGCGGUGGUGACCCUUAUGUGCCCUUACUAUCUUGUCGAUCCUCUCACACCACUUACCAAAGUCUUUGAGUAUGUUGGUUGGGGCCGUUACAAUAUUAUCAUCUACAUUGGCAUUGUGUGUGCCCUGUCUACCAGUAUAUUCUCUUCCCUGUUUCCACUUCCAAGAAUCGUUUAUACAAUGGCUAAUGAUGGCAUCAUCUUUCAGCAUUUUUCCACCGUUUCAAAUAAAUUCAAAACGCCUUGGUUAGCUGUAUUGGUGUGUGGAAUUCUUGCAGCUAUCAUUUCUACAAUCUUUGAUCUUGGUCAGUUAAUCGAUAUGUUAUCUCUAGCAACAUUGUUAGCUUACACGCUGGUCAGCAAGAGCAUCACUGUACUCAGGUACAGAAGGGUUAUACUUCAGACAUCCGAGUCUAUUCCAACUGAUACUGCUGAUGUUCCACUUGGACAGGAUGAAUCUUCAGUGUUUCUUAGGGAAUCAAUGAAAUCUAAAUUCUACAGAUGGUUUAACCCCAAUUCUGCACUACCAACUGAAUCUACAGAAUAUGUUGCAUUGAUUGCUUCUGUUUCAUUAACUUUUGUCUUUGUUGUUCUCAUCUGCGUUGUCACUUUGUUUGAGCAACAUCUUCUUGAAAUUCAUCCAUGGGUGGUUAUUAUUGUUUCUCUAUCAUCACUUGUUAUCAUAAUUUUGUUGGCCCUCAUUGCCAGGCAACCACAAAACCAGGAACAUGUGAACUUCAAGGUACCACUUGUUCCUGUAGUCUCAGAAGUGAGUGCUAGUUUCAACAUGUUUCUUGUGACCAAAUUACCAUCUUCUGCAUGGAUCCGUUUUGGAAUUUGGCUAUUUUUAGGUUUGUAG